AAUAACUCCCCGACUGUUGAGAUCCCCGCAAAGGCAUGCUUCCGCUAGUAGGCAGAGGGUUUAAGCACACACUCCCAUUCGUCUUCCCCGCCUACCACCACCGCCUACACCUCCACCUCUCCCGCUCUCUCAUGGCCGCCGCUACUUCACCUAAGCGAGUGGGGACCCACAACGGCAGCUUCCACUGCGACGAAGCCCUCGGCUGCUUCAUGAUUCGCCUCACAGACAAGUUCUCCAACGCCGAAAUCGUCCGCACUCGCGACCCCCAGGUUUUGGAGGUUCUGGAUGCUGUGCUUGACGUUGGGGGUGUGUAUGAUUCUAGUCGGGACCGAUACGAUCAUCACCAGAAGGGUUUCGAGGAGGUUUUCGGGCACGGGUUUAAGACCAAGCUGAGCAGUGCUGGUCUGGUUUACAAGCAUUUCGGGAAGGAAAUAAUAGCGAAGGAGCUUCAGGUCGAUGAAGGUCACCUCGAUGUGCACCGGUUGUUCUUGGCUGUGUACAAAAGCUUUAUGGAGGCAAUUGAUGCUGUUGACAACGGGAUCAAUCGGUAUGAUACGGACCAGCCUCCAAGAUAUGUGAAUAAUACACACUUGUCUUCAAGGGUGGGCAGGUUGAAUUUAGAUUGGAUAGAUCCUGAUCAAUCAUCUGAAAAGGAGAACGAAGCCUUUCAAAGAGCAAUGGAACUUGCGGGCAGCGAAUUUUUAAGUAGUGUCCGUUUUCAUGCAAAAUCAUGGUUACCAGCUCGAUCUAUCGUGAUGGAGUGUCUCUUGGCAAGAUGGAGUGUUGAUCCAAGUGGUGAAAUCAUGGUUUUGAAUCGAUUUUGCCCUUGGAAGCUUCAUUUAUUUGAACUUGAAGAGGAAAUGAAGAUUGAGCCGCCCAUCAAAUAUGUUCUCUAUCAGGAUGAUAGAAGCAAACACUGGAGAGUUCAAGCGGUUGCAGUCACUCCUGAUAGAUUUGAGAGCCGAAAGGCUCUUGCAUCACAAUGGCGGGGGCUUAGGGACGAGGAGCUCUCAAAGGAGACUGGGAUUCCUGGAUGUGUUUUCGUUCACAUGAGUGGAUUUAUUGGAGGAAAUCAAAGUUAUGAAGGUGCUCUUGCCAUGGCAAAAGGGAGUUUGAAGUCUGAUUGAGCAGAUUGUGACUUGCAUUGGCUUGUUACCAAUUCAGAUUACUAAAUCUUGGGCAUUUCAGUUACUUGUACGCUAAUUUCUCUUACCUUAGCCCGUUUCUUUAUUCCCAGGGCCAAUUUGUCUCUCUAUUCGUUUUUUGAUAUUGUAUUGGAAAUUUUCCCUAUUAAGGUUACCUAAGUAAACAUUUUAUGCGGCGAUUUGAACUGGUAUAUGGAUUGUGGAACGUCAAUUUUAUUGAUGUUUGACCUGGGUCAUGUAAUUUUAUUUCAGUUGAGCGUA